GAGGGCAAGAUUAUCAGAAUCAAGAAAAAGGCAAGAAACCCUUGAAAAAGCUUCCAAGCAGCAGGAAGAAGAAGGCGGCCAAGAAGAGAGAGCGAGGGCUUACCCGGAGAUUCAAUGUCUCUUCAUUGAGACGCAUACUUUCGUGCUCUUUUUCAUCGAUCGCCUUUCAAGAUCGGCGUUUCUAACGUUUCCGCUGUUCGAUCCGCUCCCCGGCUGAAAUUUCACCUGAUCGAAGAAUCGGGGCGAUAGAUCGAUCCAAGGAGGUGUUUCGGCUUGUUAUCGGCGCGAUUUGUGGCCUGGAAUAGGAGAAAUCUUGGCUCCUAAGAGAGAUCUUGUUGCGUUGCGCGAUUCGAAGAAGAGGAUCUUGAUUUCAAGAGUUGUUGAUGGGGUUUGUUGCGUCGGUUUGAUCUUUCUCCGAGAGAAAUUGCAAAAAGAAGAGAUAUAUUUUUGUACUUUAAUUGAGUUCAAUAACAGGCCUUUUGUGGUUUUUUUGUUGAUUAUCAAAGGGCCUUUUGAACUUAAGAGUUUUUUUUUUUUGUUUGAUUUAUCCAAAUUUUAGAGGGAAAGAACUGAGAAAGAAAAAGAAUGGCAGUGUAUUAUAAAUUCAAAAGUGCAAAAGAUUUUGAUUCGAUUCCAAUCGACGGACACUUUAUAUCAAUUGGAAACUUGAAAGAAAAAAUUUUUGAAACAAAGCAUCUGGGCAGGGGCACUGAUUUCGACCUCGUGGUCACCAACGCCCAGACUAACGAAGAGUAUCUUGAUGAAGCAAUGUUGAUCCCGAAAAAUACCUCUGUUUUGAUUCGCCGGGUUCCUGGACGGCCUCGAAUGCCCAUUGUGACUGAAAAGGACGAGCCUAAAGUGGAAAAUAAGGUAGAUGAAGCUCAACCAACAAAUAGUAACUUUGUGGGUGCUGAUUCAUCUGCCAUGAAAUAUCCUGAUGAUUCAGAGUGGGAUGAAUUUGGAAAUGACUUAUACGCCAUACCUGAAGUGGUGCCAGUUCAGUCAAGCAAUCCAGUUUUGGAUGCUCCUCCUCCAAGUAAAGCUGAUGAAGACAGCAAGAUCAAGGCUUUAAUUGAUACUCCAGCCUUGGACUGGCAGCGUCAAGGCACUGAUGGCUUUGGACCUGGAAGGGGUUUUGGAAGGGGUAUUGGUGGAAGAAUGAUGGGUGGACGUGGUUUUGGCCGGAUUGGGUUGGAGCGGAAAACACCUCCACAAGGAUACAUAUGUCACAGGUGCAAGGUGCCUGGACAUUUCAUUCAACACUGUCCUACAAAUGGGGAUCCGACUUAUGACAUCAAAAGAGUGAAACCCCCUACUGGCAUUCCAAAGUCAAUGUUAAUGGCAACCCCAGAUGGCUCAUAUGCGUUACCAAGCGGAGCUGUUGCUGUUUUGAAACCAAAUGAAGCUGCUUUUGAAAAAGAAAUUGAAGGGUUACCUUCCACUCGUUCUGUUGGUGAACUUCCACCUGAGCUUCAUUGCCCACUAUGUAAAGAAGUGAUGAAAGAUGCUGUUCUAACAAGCAAAUGUUGUUUCAAGAGUUUUUGUUAUAAAUGUAUCAGAGACCACAUUAUCUCAAAAUCAAUGUGUGUUUGCGGUGCCACAAAUAUACUCGCAGAUGAUCUUCUUCCAAACAAAACCCUUAGGGAUACAAUCAAUCGCAUUCUGGAGUCUAACAAUAGUAGUGCAGAAAAUGCUGGAAGUGCUUUACAAGUUCAAGAUAUGGAAUCUGCUCGCUGCCCACAGCCUAAGAUUCCAUCCCCUACAUUGUCUGCCGCAUCAAAGGGAGAGCAGAUGCCACCACCUCAGAUUGAAGAAACUCUGAACAUAAUAAAACCAGUUGCAGAUGAGAGUAAGUCUGCUAAUCCUCCACCACAGCUUCCAGAAAAAGGGAGGACAGGAAAAGCUGCUGAUGUGUCUGAAGCUACACUUGAGUCCAUGAGUGUGAAGGAACUGGCUUCACAGGGAAGUGCUCCUCUGGCUGAGGAAGAAGUGCAGCAGAAGCUUGCUUCUGGUGAGGCAGGAAAGAAAAAGAAAAAGAAGAAAGCUCGUGUGCCUGUAAAUGCAGCAGACAUUCAGUGGAAGUCCACUCAAGAUCUUGCAGCUGAGAACUAUAUGAUGCCUAUGGAUCCCACAUACGCUCCUUACUGGAAUGGCAUGCAGCCAGGAAUGGAUGGCUUUAUGAACCCUUAUGCUGGUGCCAUGCCAUAUAUGGGGUAUGGUUACAAUACAUUAGAUAUGCCUUUUGGGGGUGUUCUACCUCAGGGGCCUUUUGGGGCACCGGGUUAUAUGCUGCCUGUUGUUCCACCUCAGAGGGAUCUGGCUGAUUUUGGAAUGGGUUUAAAUGCUGCACCUCCUGUUAUGAGCAGGGAGGAAUUUGAGGCUAGGAAAGCUGAUCUGAGAAGGCGUCGUGAAAGUGAGAGACGAGGUGAAAGCAAAGAGUUCCCUAAAGAUCGAGAAUAUGGUAGAGAAGGGAGCAUGGGCGGUGACGUUUCUACAAUGAAACCAAAACCCAAAUUGGCUCCCCAAUCAUCGAGCGCCGACCACCACCACCGCCGCCCUCGACAGGAGAGGUCAUCGCCGGAGCGCCCCACCAGAGACGUAGAGGCACCGCGCCCCUCCAAGAGAAAAUCAGAGCACCACCACCACCGCCCCUCUGACUCAUCCGCCCGACCUCCUCCCUCCGCGGCCGCUGAAUCAUCUAGAUCCUUGGCGGAUCGCAAGGCAAAGCCCAGCGUCUUCUCCCGCAUAAGCUUCCCGGAGGAAGAGCCCACCAAGAAGCGUAAGUUGUCUGAAACUCCAAGCGCCUCGGCGAUUCCAAACGGACAACAUGAGGAUUGGAAAGUGUCGCCCUCUUCGGCGGCUGCGUCGAGAAAGAGCAGUGUGACAGAGUACGAGUCAAGUGAUGAGGAUAGGCAUUUCAAGAGAAAGCCAUCGAGGUACGAGCCGUCACCGCCAGCCCCGGCCGCGAAGGAGGCGGAGUGGGAGGAGAAGGAGGCGAGGCAUUCUUCGAGGGGGUCGAGGGAGCGCGAGAGAGAGUACGAUAGAGAUCGUGGUUACAAUAAGCACAGAUAAAGAAGAGGGUAGAGAAAUUGGGGAUGUGAGAGGAGUGAGGAGUGAUGAGGAAGUCUUUGGUCUCUUGCGCAUCGUGGAAAGAUGGGAGACUUGAUUUUAUAUGACUUGAAAUAUGACUCUGUAUUCACCCUUUCUUUUUUUAAUAUAAAUAAUUUCAUCUUUUUCAACA